AUGGAAAGCAUCCCAGGAGACUACAGCAAACGCGUGUAUCAAGGCGUGCGAGUCAAGCACACAGUCAAAGAUCUACUGGCAGAAAAACGGUCCAGGCAGACAAGUAACUCAAGAUUUAAUAGCCCUGUCAGCAAUCCCCAGUCUCCAUUUGCUCAGACGCCAGGUUCACCAGUAAUGACAGGUUACUAUGGGGUCAGAAGAUCGUUCCUCUCAGACUCAGACCUCCACAACACUAAACAGUUCGCGAGCGACGUCUGCACCUCGGGCCCCGCGGCCAAGCCCUUUGCCUGCGAGGCCCCCGCAGGGCAGAGCCACCCGGGCCUCCUGGAUGCCUACUUCCCGGAGCCCUACGGAGACCACCGGCCCCCGGGCCUGACCCCCAGCACCGGCUCUCUGUUCAGCGCCUCACCCCUGCCGCCGCUCCUGCCGCCUCCUUUCCCUGGGGACCCCACGACGCACUUCGUGCUUAGGGAUUCGUGGGAGCAAACGGCGCCCGACUGUCUCAGCCAGGCCGACCCCGUGCCCACCGACACCCUGCAGACCCUGCCACCCAGCGCAGGUUGCCUCUCCCAGCCGGAGUCAGGGAGCACCGCCCCUCACAGGAGCUCGAGUUGGGGGGGCCCCCUGGCUGGGGCUCAGUCCUACUCACUGCAUGCACUGGAGGAUCUGUACCAUGUGCCGGGGUACCCCAUGCCACCCCCCCAUCCCUUCACCCCUUUCGUGACGAUGUCCAACGACCUUCCACACAAGGUGGUGCCCCUCUCCCCAGAUGAGGGGGCAGACACCGCUGGCCUUCAGGACCCUUCUUCAUGGACCAAAGAAGACGGGAGCAUGGCGUGGGGGUCAUAUGAAUGCCGCAGAGCUUACUGA